AUGGUGUUCAUACCCCCAGGUUGGGUCCCUCAGCUGCCAUUCGUACACCGCUUAUCUGGCAUUGUUACACCCGCUAGUGCUGCGUACUCGGUGUCAGAACUCGAACAUCAGUUAAGGUCGUCCGGAGCUAAUGCACUCAUCACGUGCAUCCCUCUUCUUGAUGUUGCACUCGCCGCGGCGAAGUCGGUUGGAAUACUCCAUGAUCGUAUUUUUAUACUCUCGGUUCCUGGCUCCGAUAAAAAGGCUCCCUUCAAAACGAUUGACGACUUAGUGGAAGAGGGGAGGAAUCUUCCCGAACUGCAGCCUCUGAACUGGGCCCCCGGCCAAGGCGCCAGGCAGGUUGCAUUCCUGAGUUUCUCGAGUGGUACUUCCGGUUUACCAAAAGCCGUUAAAAUCAGUCACCUCAAUGUUAUAUCAAACAUCAUUCAGAUCAGCCAGUACAACUCGGUUGGUCGCCAUGCCUCUGGAGUUAGUACCCUGGUUAGCCUGGGCCUCCUUCCCUUCUCGCAUAUUUAUGGUCUUGUGGUGGUUGCCCAUUGUGGCCUGUUCAGCGGGGAUGAGGUCAUUGUCCUCCCUUCGUUUGAGCCUCAGUCGUUUCUGUCAGCAAUCGAAAGAUUCAGGAUUGAGGUGAUGUCUGUAGUACCUCCAAUCCUGAUUCAGCUGUUAAACAAACUUGAUGAUUGUGCAAAGUACGACCUCAGCUCUAUCCGAAUCGUCUACACUGGUGCUGCUCCAUUAGCCAGUGAGACGGCGGAGGAUGUGCUAAAGGCGUUCCCCAAGUGGCGCAUUUGCCAAGCAUAUGGAUUAACUGAGACUGCAACAGGCGUUACAGCAACUAGCGAGCUUGAUAUCAGCUUUGGCUCUUCUGGCUCCCUUCUCCCAAGUGUUAGAGCUAAAAUCGUCGAUGCUGCUGGUAAAGAGAUCACGGAACAUGGCACUCCUGGUGAGUUACUCGUACAAAGCCCGUCUGUUGCCCUGGGUUAUUUGAACAAUGAGCAGGCUACAGCUGAAACAUUUGUGUUUCAUUCUGAUGGCCGGUGGAUGAAGACGGGUGAUGAAGCACUGGUUCGCAAGUCUGCAGAAGGGAAUGAGCAUUUUGUGAUUAUUGACCGCAUCAAGGAGCUCAUCAAGGUGAAGGGCCACCAAGUUGCGCCUGCGGAAUUAGAGGCUCACCUACUCGCACAUCCUUUUGUAUCCGAUUGCGCCGUCAUCCAGGUCCCUAAUGACCGUGCUGGUGAAGCUCCCAAAGCUUUUAUUGUCAAAGCCUUGGAGACUAGCGGCAAACAGGAUGAUGAGGUAGUUGCAAGCAUUAAUAAACACGUGGAGGAGCAUAAAGCGAAGUAUAAGUGGCUAAAGGGCGGGAUUGAAUUCAUUGAAGUUAUCCCGAAGAGCCCCAGCGGUAAAAUUCUUCGGAGGCUAUUACGGGAUGAAGAAAAGAAGGCGAGAAAGGCUAAACUAGCAAGACUGUAA